AUGCAACGAUGUUACCGAACGAUACAUAAUGCGAUCUGUCAGGGCGUGAACCUGUCGCCACUCCAUACCACUUCAUGGGAAGCCCUUGCCCGCCAUGGCUUCUCGCGCACCUUUACCACUUCCGCCUCCUGGAAGGCAAGCCCUGUGAGGGUCAAGUCUGAUCUCGAACGUCGCAUCGCCGAUAUUCCUAUUGAACGCUUCCGCAACUUCUGUAUUGUUGCUCACGUCGACCAUGGCAAGUCCACGCUCAGCGACCGCUUGCUCGAGCUAACAGGCACGAUACCACCUGGAGGCAAGCAACAGAUCUUGGACAAGCUGGAUGUGGAGAGGGAGCGAGGUAUCACGGUGAAGGCACAGACAUGCAGCAUGCUGUACAAGUACAAUGGCGAGGAUUAUCUGCUGCAUCUGGUUGACACACCUGGACACGUGGACUUCCGUGCAGAAGGUGUACAAGCGCAGACGGUCUCAAACUUCUACCUCGCCUUCGCACAGGACCUGUCCCUUGUGCCUGUGCUGAACAAGGUGGACUUGCCUUCUGCAGACACGAAGCGUACACUGGAACAGCUUCGCGAUAUACUGGAAGUUGACGCAACCAAUGCCGUGAUGGUUUCGGCGAAGACCGGACUGAACGUGGCAAAGCUGUUACCGAACAUCGUUGAGCAAAUACCAGCUCCGAUAGGAAACGAUACUGCGCCACUCAGACUUCUUCUGGUGGACAGCUGGUACGACAAUUACAAAGGCGUAAUCCUGCUUGUGCGUAUCUUUGAAGGCACGAUUAGGCCUGGGGAUCGCAUCGUGUCAUAUGCUACAGGUAGUCAAUACAUCGUAGGCGAAGUAGGGAUCAUGUAUCCAUUAGAGACGGCACAAACGUGUCUCCGAGCAGGACAAGUGGGCUACAUCUACUUCAAUCCGGGCAUGAAACGCAUCAAGGAGGCAAAGCUCGGCGAUACAUACACAGUUGUGGGCAAUCAAGACAAGGUUGUGCCAUUACCAGGGUUCGAAGAACCACAGAGCAUGGUUUUCGUCGCAGCUUUCCCGACAGAUCAGAGCGACUAUGCGCAUCUUGAGGAUAGCAUCAAUCAGGUCACGCUCAAUGACCGAAGCAUUACGAUCGUCAAAGAGUCCUCGGAUGCUCUUGGUGCUGGAUGGCGAUUGGGCUUCCUCGGCACACUGCACUGCUCUGUCUUUGAGGAUCGCCUUCGCCAGGAGCACGGUGCAAGCAUCAUUAUCACGCCACCAUCCGUUCCUUUCAAGAUCGUGUGGAAGGAUGGUCGAGAAGAAAUUGUGAGCAACCCGAACGACUUCCCGGACCCGCACUCGCAACAGUAUCAUGGACGCAUCAUAUCACUGCAAGAGCCAUACAUCACAGCGACCAUCACCCUGCCAGAGGAGUAUCUCGGCAAAGUCAUUGAGCUCUGCGAAGCCAAUCGUGGCGAGCAGGAGAGUCUGAGCUUUUUCACAGCCACGCAGGUCAUCUUGAAGUAUUCGCUACCACUCGAAAGGUUAGUCGACGACUUCUUCGGCAAGCUGAAGUCAUCCACCAAAGGCUAUGCCAGUCUCGACUACGAAGAAGCAGGUUACAAGCAGUCCAGCAUUGCCAAACUCCAGCUUCACGUCAACAAAGUGCCUGUCGACGCCGUCGCGCGCGUUGUACAUAUCUCGCAGGCCGAACGGCUUGGCAAGGAGUGGGUCUCGAAGUUCAAGGAGCAUGUUGACAGGCAAAUGUUUGAAGUCGUGAUUCAAGCUGUUUGUGGCAAGCGUGUAGUUGCCCGAGAGACUCUCAAGGCCUUCCGGAAAGAUGUCACAUCGAAGCUGCAUGCUGCCGAUGUCAGUCGGCGCAGGAAGUUGCUGGAGAAGCAAAAAGAGGGAAGGAGGAAGCUGAGGGCUGUGGGCAAUGUCUCGAUUGAUAACAAGGCUUUCCAGAGCUUCCUUGCUAAGUAG